AGAAUCAGAGACCAACUGAGCAGUCAGACAGUGCUGACUGGCUGCCUAGUUUGAGAGGACUAGCUGUUCUUCUGCUUUUCUUUCUUGCCAACCUAGCUCCUCUCCCUAUAUUUCUUUACUCCUGUUAUUCUCUCUCUUCUGAUCUGGACUGAGGAGCAGGGAGUGCUGGAAGACCCGGCAAAAGCAGUCAGCAUUCAGCAGCAGCAGCACCGUUUCCUCUCUUUUGAGUCCUGCAGCAGAGUGAGCAGAAGGAGCCAAUGGUCAUGGUGAAGGAGAAAGUUGCCCAUCCUCAGGAAGCCCAGCGUCCCCCAGAAAAGCUGGUCAUUCAGUGUUACAAGUGUGGGGAGCCAUGCAAGGGAGAGGUGCUACGUGUACAGAACAAACACUUUCAUAUUAAGUGCUUCACCUGCAAAGUGUGUGGUUGUGACCUGGCUCAGGGUGGAUUUUUUAUGAAGAAUGGCGAGUACUUUUGCACACUGGAUUACCAGAGACUGCAUGGGACUCGCUGCAAUGGCUGUGGGAACUUUGUGGAAGGAGAGGUGGUGACAGCUCUGGGGAAAACCUACCACCCCUCAUGCUUCGUCUGCACUAUCUGCAAACGACCCUUUCCCGCUGGAGACCGUGUCACUUUUAAUGGAAAGGACUGUCUCUGCCAGCACUGCAUCCAGCCAAUGUCUCCUCCUUCCAAAGACAUCAGUGCUUCCAGUAACUGUUCGGGCUGUGGCAGGGACAUAAAGAACGGACAGGCUCUAUUAGCUUUGGACCAGCAGUGGCAUCUCGGCUGCUUCAAGUGCAAGGCCUGUGGCAAAGUGCUGAGUGGAGAGUACAUCAGCAAGGAUGGUGUGCCAUAUUGUGAGAGAGACUACCAGAUCCACUUUGGCGUACAGUGUGAGGCGUGCCAUCAGUAUAUAACAGGGAGGGUUCUAGAGGCAGGCGAUAAGCACUACCACCCCAGCUGUGCAAGAUGCAGCAGGUGCAACCAGAUGUUCACAGAGGGGGAGGAGAUGUAUCUGCAAGGCUCUACGGUGUGGCAUCCAGACUGUAAGAGCAACAUGAAAGGAGAUGAGAAAUAUAGGCCCACAAGAACUUCAUCUGAGAGUAUCUGUUCGCGACCUGGCUCCAGCAUCCCGGGUUCUCCAGGUCACACCAUCUAUGCAAAAGUAGACAAUGAGAUCAUUGAUUACAAGGACCUAGCAGCAAUCCCCAGAGUCAAGGCCAUUUAUGAAAUAGAGCGUCCAGACAUGAUAUCCUACGAGUCUCUGCAGUCCAACACAUCUACCCUGGAAAGGCAGGGCAGACACAGUCCUGGAGAGUCCCGGUGUACUGCAGGUGACCAGUCCCUCAUCAGAGGCCAUGUCAAAACAAUCCAACAAGACCCUUCCCCUAUAUCAGCAGAGACUUCUCCAAGGACCCUGUCUCCCACCCCAUCAGCUGAGGGCUGCUAUGACAUUAGAGAUCGCAUCAUGCAAAGAUCCACCAGCCAGGGCUCCAUUGGCUCCCCAUUGUACAGCCGCCAUAACUACAUACCCACUUUGUCCAAGAUGCCACAACACUUCCACAGACCAGGAAUGCUGAAGCUCUGCUCUUCUUUGCGCUCUAGCAACUGUGACAACCGCCCCACUUCCCCUUUCCGACAUCACUUUCUCCCCCAUAACAAAGAUUCAUUCUGCAUAGGCACUGCGCCAUCGAGUGGCCGAAGUUCCCCAAUGUCCUCUCGGUCGGCCACCCCGACCCUCUCUUUGACCCCUAAACAUUUUCACGUCCCAGAUCAAGGCAUAAACAUGUACAGAAAGCCACCCAUCUACAAGCAGCAUGGCUCAGAUAUAAGAAGUCGUUCGCAAGAUGAAAACGAAGAGGAGCAAGUAAAACGCAGACAACUUCAAGAACAGCAUCUCAGCAAGAUCCAGUCAGGUUUAGGAAAACUCAUUUUAAAGGAGGAGAUGGAGAAGGAUCUGAAUAAAGAGAGAUACGUUCGCACUGUGGCAGCUCAGCGGUACGACCCUCAGCACUCCAACUGCACUGCAGAUCCCAACUCCCCAACAACCAAAACCUCCUCUCUGCCAGGAUACGGACGAAACGGCCUUCAUCGGUCCACAGACUUCUCUCAGUAUAACAGUUACGGGGACGUCUGUGGAGGACAGAGAGAUUUCAAGGUACGUCAGUUACCCAUUCAAGAUGGCCAGCUUCCCAAACCCAGAAUGGACAGGGGAGUGUCAAUGCCUAAUAUUUUGGAACAUAAAGUAUAUCCCUAUGAAAUGCUUGCUGUCACCAACAGAGGGCGUGCUAAGCUUCCAAAGGACGUGGACAGGACGAGACUAGAGCGUCACCUGGCCCCUGAGAUAUUCUUCAACGUCUUUGGAAUGGAGAUCGAAGAGUUUGACAAACUUCCUCUGUGGAAGCGCAACGAUAUGAAGAAAAAGGCCAAGCUGUUCUAGUCAGAAUUCUGUGCAUGUUUUAAUUUAUCAAUCAAUCCAAUAUUGUAUUAUAGCUCUAGUGUUUUGGUGUUUGUUUUUUUCCUGUCUUGCUUAGUUUUGCUUUCCCCCCCCCCCCCACUGGCUUCCCACAGUAUGAUACGCACAGGCAUAAGUUAUUAACAUUUUUGUUUAAUUGGAAGUUUUUUUUUGAAAGCGCAACUUAGCCAUUCUGAAGAGACUGUAGCAUCUCUAAACUCACAUUAAACCUGCCAAAAAAAGCACAGCUUUCUCCUCUCGCACUCCUUCCUGCCUGUCUCAUAAAACUGAACUGUAAUCUUUUUCGGGAAAGGGGUCGGGGGGCUGAACACUAUCGGCAGGGUUCUUCCUCUGAACAGGCUAUUAGGUGGUAAAAGUAGAGGAAUUCCAGUACCCCCCUGCUGCUGUGGCCCUAACGAGGAUUUUUGAUGUUUGUUAAUGGGGGAAGUGAGACCUACUGCGUGAGGCUGAAGAUGACAGGACUGAGCACUAAUUGCAGCAUAGAAGACCUCAGCAGGCCAUUCAGGUUUCUGGAAUGCAUUACAACCUAAGGCAUCGGAAAGAGGCAUCUGCUGCGACACUCCUUUUAUCAAAGUGCUGGGCUGAUAGUAAAAAAAAUAGAUAAGAUAAACCAUCCUUCCUUUGCUGUCUCCUGUUUUCAGUCACAUUUUCUAUUUUUGACUUUUUCAAAUGGUCACAUUGUACCUCACGGAUGUUUAUUUUGAUGCUGACAUUUUGAGAAAGAGAGACUCAUCUUCAUGCUCCCUCUUCUACAAGCUGUGGACUCAUUCCCCUCUAGAGGUCAGGCUUAUGUUGUGUAUUCAGAGAGGAAACCUCAUUGCAAUUCUCCACAGUACCAUUCUUUAUGUCAUGUCCUGUCACUAUGUCAUCAUUGCUUUUCAAGACUGCUUGCACAGACGGGUCAUGCUCUCUGUCUCAUGUCACUUGUAGCAGACUAGCCCUAAUAAUGCAAUCCACGUUGUGAAGUCAAUCCAGUUUUUUCUUGGUCUUCCUCAUCUUCUGAGUCCUUCCACAAGUCAUCAUAACACUGCCUUUAAUAUUGUCAUGUUUGGGUCAUGGGUGCCUCAUCAGAUGCCCGAAGUAAAGUAAUCUGCGAGGCGUAAUGACUCUAGUAAGUCCUUUUACUGUUCUGGCCAUCUUGUAAACCUGCUCAGUGGUCAUCAUCAUCUUAUAUGACGCACAUGUUCUCAAAAGCCUGAAUUUGUCUUUCUUCCACUGUUUUCACUCUUCAGUGUCCAAGCUUCACAUCCAUAUGUGGCUACUGGCCAGACCAAGGCUUUUAUCAAUCACAGCUGGGUGAUUAAGCUAAUUGACUUGUUUUUUUUUCAUAUUCUUGUCAAUUUAACUGUCACCACCUUGUUCAUUGCCAUUCCUGAGUUCAUCUCACCAGCACAUUCUGCAGUGAUUGAUACUCUACUUCCCAAAUAUGGAGGAGUCCACUUGUUUAACUUUUUUACUGUUUAGCAUAAUCUCCAAUCAUUAUUUUCAUUUUACUGCAUUUUACUUCAGUAGACUUCUCAAUGACACACUAGCUCAUGUAGUUCAUCUGGUGAUGUGACCAAUAAUACAAUAUUAUCAGGAUACCUGAGAUCGCUAAUGGUCUUUCCACCAAUCUUGAGACGUUAGAUCGUCUGACUCCCUUUUUUUUUUACACUGAACCAUGCUGAUGUGUGAUUGGCUCUCCAUACAGCAGCAUGUUGUUGGCUAUACAGAUUCUUUAGUAGCUGGACCAGGUGCGAGGGGAAACCCAUCUCAAGAAUGGUUAUUCAUAAUUGGUCAUGCUGUACCAUUUGAAUACCAAAUGAAAUCAGUGAAACUGGUUUCUUUCUUUUGCUUUGUCCAUGAUGAUCCAGAGGUCUGUGAUCCUAUCCUGUGUUUCUUGUUGGCCUAAAGCCAGCUUGUUCAUGGGCAAUCUCUUGACUCAUGCCAGGAUUAUGCUAGCAUGUGAGAUCAGUGCAAUGGUUCAGUAGUUGCUGAAUUGGAGUACAAUCUGACCCCCCCACACCACCACCACCACUAUUUUAACACUGCAAUAUUAUCUUCAAAUGCAGAUCACUUUAACUAAAGCUACAAUUAAAUAAAAGCUUUUGAUUUUAUAAAGCGUAAAAGAUUUUAUAAAGCGUAUGUAUUUGAAACUGCCACUGUGUUGCCGAGGGACUGACGGAGCUGUAGCCAUAGCAUUUUUGCCACUUGUAGGUUUGAUAUCAGGGCCACACCGGUCAUUCCAAAUAAAGCUGCCAAACAAUGCCAUUUUCAUAGGCACUGGGUGUUCUUGUAAUCUUGAUGAUGGUAUUUGUUAACUCAUUAGUUUCUUGUGAUACCAACAGGGUGAAUGACAAAGGAAUAGCUAAUAUAAAAAUUUAAGUUUUAUAUAUAUAAAAAGGAAAGGUAUAUAAAUGAUCAGCUAGAAAUAAAGAAAAUGGUUUUGAUACCCAUGCACACUUGUGGUUUUAAUACCUAUGAAGACGAUGUAAAAGCUAAAACGAGUAAUAAAUCUCUACUUCAUGUAUUUAUGUCAACAGUGAUUUUUUUCCCCCCACACAAACACACUGUGGUACCAGGUCACACUGUUGCAGGAAAGGGGUUUAUACCCUUUUAAAAUGACCUGUAGUUCUGCAAUAAUUACUUAUAGAAUGUUGUCCAAUCUCUGUCAAAAUCAUAAUAAAAUACAAUCAAAAUUUA